AUGAAGUCCACAUACGCUCUUUUGGUCACUGGCCUCGCAGCCCAGCAGGCCGCAGCACACUGGAACUUUUUCGACAACUACGGCACACCCAACUACAGCAAGAACGUUUGCGACGACAAGCAGAAGGGUGGCUUCGACUGGUCAGAUCUUACAGAUGGUCAGUCUGUCGGCAACUAUGGUGAUUUUGACUUCUCUGGAGGAUGGAAGUGCUCCAACUCCUUCGGCAAGCGUGACUCCAUGAGCAAGCGGACGUUUGGAAACAAGUGCAUCAAGAACACCGUUCGCAAAGACAAGCCUGCCGCAUUCGGCUGUGCCCAGCGUGGUUUCUCGAUCACACACAUGGAUGUUUCAUCCGAGUUCGACGCUGAAAUUGAACUCCAUUACAAGAUGGAGGACGGAUCUCUCUGCAAGCAACACACCAGCUGCUCGGCCGGUGGAUCGACGUUGCAGAACACACAGUGCGGUGGCGCCAAAUCCGUCGAGGUCUACCUUGGCUCCCACUACAAGGGCGAGAAGGAGUCUUGCGAAAUUGGUUUCCACAACAUUGGUUUUGACUGCAAUGCUGAGAAACCAUACACUACUCCCUCCCCACCUGAGGUUCCCUCUACUUCGAGCGAAGUCGUAUCUUCCACCAUCGUCGAGUCAUCCACUGCUCCAGCUUCCAGCACUAUCUCCUCCGCUGUCGAGACCCCUGCUUCCUCUGCGGUCGAGACUCCUGCAUCGUCUUCUGCCGUUGAGACACCCGCAACCUCUGCCAACGAGUGCGGACAGUAUGGCGAGGCAUGCAACACACCUGUUGAGACACCUCUCUCUUCCACUGCUCCUUUUGCCAACAGCUCUAUGCCCGCCUACACUCCUCCGGCUUCUUCAGCCGUCGAGAUUGAGUCUUCCUCUGUCGUCGAGGUCUCCAGCACCCCUGUAUCGAUCCCUUCCAUUAGCACUGCUACUCCUCAACCGGAGUCUUCCACCGCUGAGGUACCAUCUACAUCUCAGAGCUCUGUUGCUGCUGGUUGCGGUUAUGGAGAAUCUUGCGAGCAGUCUUCAAUCGUCGCAUCCUCAACGGCCGCGUCGUCGGCUGUUGUCUCAUCUGCUGUUGUCACUUCUGCUGUCCCUAGCUCUGGAACUCCCCUCCCUGCUACCAGCUCGGCCGCUCCUCAGCCUUCCAGCCCUAGUUACCCUCCUGUCGACAUCACGGACUCGGUCCCCAAGUGCAUGAACUCGUGGCUCCAAAUUUCGGCCCCAGAUUGCAAGGACAACACCGAUUCCAACUGCUACUGUGUCAAGCCUGAAUUCACUAAGAACGUCAUCGACUGUAUCUCAGCUCGCUGUGGUAGCGAUGACGAAAUCAGCAAGGCCCUUCAAUACUUCAUCGGCAUCUGCGCUGAACACGUUCCUAAGAACCCCAGCAUCGUCGAUGACUGCCCUUCGUAUAUUCCCUUGAACCCUACUCCUGCCGCUCCAUCUGGUGGUGCAUCUACUGGUGUUGCUAGCAGCAGCGAGGUUCCAGAGGCCGCUGAGAGCAGCUCCAUGGCUGCCCCUCCCGCUGGUGGCGAGAGCUCUGCUGCUCCCUCUGCCCCUGCUCAGGGCACAUCCAGUGCAUACGGCCCUGGUUACCCUAGUGAGACACCUGCUGUUCCUACCCAGGGUACUACGACCGUCCCUGCCGGUGAAACUCCUGCGAUUACCACUGUCGUCUCCUCUGCAACCAUGACUCAGGUUGUUGGCACCACCACUCCUGCCCCUGAGGCUCCUGCUGCAGAGACUCCAUGCACCACCAUCACCUUCGGUACUACCACACUUACUGUCCCACAAGUUCACUUCACCACCCAGACCAACUCUGCUGGCGCCAACCCAACUGAGCCUGUUGCUCUUGUGCCCGGCACUGCUGAGCCUGCUCAGACCCCAGCUGCCACCACGCCCGCUGCUGGUGGUGCUCCUUACCCCAUCCCCUCCACCAUGGGCACUGCCACUGUCCCUAUGGGUACUGCUACCGGUACUGGAGCCAUCCGCCCUUCUUCGCCAGCUGAGUUCACUGGCGCUGCCUCGCCUUUCACCGUGGUGCCCAAGGGUGCUCUAUUCGGUGCUGUUCUUGCCUUCCUCGCCUUUUAG